AUGGCAGGGAAAACAUUUCAGUUUGUCGUUGGCAUUCAAACCAACAGAGCUGACAAGAAGCUGGUACGGAGCCAUGUUAUGAAGGGUAAGAAUGCUGGCAAAAGAUUCCACCGGCGAUCAAGGCGGCAACUCGCUCCACCAAGACUUAAUGUAGGCGAACGGACAAUUAUCUUGCGGCGGGAUCUGAACAAGUCACAAAGAGAGUACCAUUAUGACUUUUUCCGUACAAUGAACAGAUUGUAUCGCCUUCAUCGAUGGCUUUCUAUGGACGAGGUUAAAAGAAUGUGGCUCCCUCUCAUCUUCGCCAAUCAAGCAGCUUACUAUUGUAAUAUUGCCCUGAUGCAAACGUGCAAUGAGAUGUAUUCCGACGAUGAAAAUAGCUCACCUAAAGCAUUAUAUCAUUUGUCACAGACGUUCAAUCAUGUCACGAGGCUACUUGUUGGCCCCGAUGCCCUCUCAGAUUCUACAAUCAUGAUUGUGGUGACUCUUAUCAGCCAAGAGCUGAUCAGAAAAGGAUACGGGGACCUCAAGGUCCACCUUGAUGGCCUACAGAAAAUGAUCCAGCUUCGUGGUGGUCUGUCCAAACUUGAGGGAAAUCCGGCACUAUUACUGAAAGUCUGCAAGGUGGACAUUAUGCUUUCACUUCAGCAUGGUGGACCACCAUUAUUCUUUCGAGAUCGCAUGGCCAAGGUACGGGAUACUCUGGCACUCACAAAGCUAGACAUCAAUGGCGAUGCUGCUGCCUCAUGUCCACAGCACGAUUUGCUAGAGCCCCAUCUUCAUGGCAUAUUGGUGGAUAUGAUGGGCGUGGCAUUGCUGCUCAAUAAUGGCGCAACAAUCGAUCUAGAAACUCUUCAAGAGAUAAUACUAUCGCUUGGGUACCGCCUCAUUCAGUUCCACCCUUCGGAAGAAGAACAAAGGCUAUGGCUGCUACAAGCCUCCUAUCAGAUCGGCCUGACAAUAUUUACAAUGACUGUUUUUCUACAUGCUGGACGUCGUCAAAUUUUGGACUACGAGCGUGUAGAUCGCCGACUAAAGGAAAUCCUUGACACUAAUCUGGAAGAUCACAACCCUGCACUCGCCCUCUGGCUCUCAAUCCUUGGUGGUCUUUGGGCAUCUGAUGGCUAUGAUGAGCACUGGCUUCCACCAAGGAUACGGCUAAUGGCAAUGAGACUCGAUAUUCGCAGCUGGGAUGAAGUAUGCGCUGUCACCGGCCAGUUCCCCUGGAUUCACGCCUUGCACGAUGUCCCAGGCCAUGCAUUAUGGGAUCAGGCACACCAAGACGAGUCAAUGCCGAGCUGGAUAACGUUUUGA